AUGGCAAGUCGACGUCUUCCGACAAUAAUUAUCGACAACGGAACAGGCGUUUUGAAAGCUGGACUGAGCGGAGAAGAACAGCAUCCUGCCGUGGUCAUGCACCGUAGCGCUAUCAAGUGUGACAUUGAGCGUCAUGCUCUUGCACCUGUAGAUCUCAUGGACCGACCUCGAUCGCACCUAGAUUUUGAAUUGUUGACGGAAAUAUGGAAAGACAUGACAAGACAAUUGAAAAUCGAUUUAUCCGAACACAACAUCGUCCUCAAUGAAAGUGAAAUGUACAUCAAAUCCGACAUUUCAACAAUGCAAGAAAUUAUGUUUGAAGAAUUCAGAACGCCAGGACUCUACAUUGGCAAGGAAUCCGCGUUCUCACUCAUUUGGCAUCGCAAGCCGACCGGCGUUAUUGUAGAUUGCGGUGAUUACAUUACGUCUGUUGUACCCUUUCACAACAAACAUCGUCUUUCGAAUAACUGUCUACUUAGCUACGGCGGUCGGAAUGUUACUCUGAAAUUUUUCAGAAGUCUAUCUAGAGAGGGAUACGACGAGCUAGACUUUAGCAAUCGUCAUCAUUUUGAAGUAUUGAGAAAGAUUAAAGAGGAACAUGGAUAUUCAACAAUUUGGAGAAAAAAUCUGAAAACAAAAGAGCAACUCCAACCACUGAAAGUUUCUUGUGAACUAGUACCCAGAAACCAAGAUAGUUUCUUUCUGCCUCGGUGCUUCUACAGUUUUCGUGAAGCAAAAGGAAUUCAAAAUGCCGUCUUCAAAGCCAUCAAGACACAAAUCGACUCGGUACAACAACAGCUCCUCGAAUCUGUGCUUUUGUGCGGUGGCUGCACUCUCUUGACAUCGUUUGCAGACGCGCUUGCAUUGACGACUGACGAUCUUAAAAAGUUUCCAAAACCUGUCAACGUCAUUAAGAUUAAGAAUCGUGAACACAGCGUUUGGCUUGGAGCAAAUAAAUUCGCGAUGAAGGAGGAAUGCAUUAGUCAACUUAAGGUUACGAAAGAGGAGCAUGAUGAAGUGGGAGAGCACAUUUAUAGAAAAAGAUCUGACAAUGAAUCGGCAGAGGCUAGUUCUAGAGGAGAACGGGUCCGUCGGGAUGAUGUAUCCAGAGAGGCUAUUUCUAGAGGAGACCGGGAUGUCGCAGCGCACUUGUACUUCUCUAGCGGCACACGGAUCGUCUCGACAUUCCGGUAUUCUCUACGUCUUAAGAACUACUUUAGUCUUCCAAGGCUUAUCAUCGACAGCAGGAAGACUGUUUCAAAAGCUGGCCUCAGUGGACAUAACCUGCGUUCGACAGUCAAAAGGCAAAGCCCUAAUACGAUCGAUGAAGUUGCAUUGAGUCACAAUCUUUCAAAUCUCGAUCGAAGCCAACGACGCUCUGUUACAAAUUUUGAUCGUCUAAAAGAGGUGAGUAAACAGUUGGUGCUGAAACGAUAUUUGCAGUGUGAAGUAGUGAGAUGUUAA